AUGACUUGGAGGUCCUCAUCACUACCAAUCGUGAAGCAAUCAUACUUCAUGGUAUCCUGCAAGACAGUGAUUGGAAUGCGAUAUGCUGUUGUUACAGGGUCAAAUAAAGGGAUAGGAUUUGAGACAGUCAAAGAGUUAGCCUCAAAUGGAAUCAAGGUGGUGCUCACUGCAAGAGAUGAGAGUAAGGGAAUUGAAGCCAUUGAGAAGCUCAAAGAGUGUGGUGUCUCUGAUAAGCUUGUGGUUCUUCACCAACUUGAUGUCACUGACCAUGCUAGCAUUGCAUCAUUAGCGGAGUUUGUUAAGACACAGUUCCCGAGACUUGAUAUCUUGGUGAAUAAUGCAGGAAUCAGUGGUGUCAAUCCAUAUGAAAAGGAUGAACCAAGAUUUAAAUGGGAGGAACUAACACAAACUUAUGAGAUGGCUGAAAAGUGUAUAUUGACAAACUACUAUGGUGCCAAGAAAACAACUGAGGCAUUUCUUCCACUACUUCAGUUAUCAAAUUCACCAAGGGUUGUUAAUGUUUCCUCUGAAGCAGGGUUGAUAAAGGUACAAUAA